AUGAGCCAUCUUCAAGGCAAAUUUCCGCCGUCCCGCUGCUCCUUACCAUAUGGAAAUUGUAGCCAUGGGAAUUCGGAAACUGAACCUUUCAUAGCCGCGCAUAACACAAUCCUCGCACACGCAAAGGCAGUUGACAUGUAUCGAACUAAAUAUCAGGAAGAACAAAGGGGAAUCAUCGGCAUUGUGGUGCAAACAGCAUGGUUUGAACCCAUUAGUGAUUCCAUUGCGGAUAGAGAAGCUGCAAAGAGAGCUCAAUCUUUUUAUUCGAAUUGGAUUCUAGAUCCGAUUAUAUACGGAAAGUAUCCAAAAGAAAUGGUGAAUAUACUAGGACCGGCUUUGCCGCGAUUUUCAAGAAAGGAAGUGGAGAACUUAAAGAAGUCAAGCUUAGAUUUUAUUGGCAUUAAUCACUAUACAAGUCACUUCAUUCAAGAUUGUUUGUUCUCAACUUGUAAUGCUGAAGAUGAUGGAGCUUCUAAAGCACAAGGAUUUGCACUCAAGUUAGAUCAAAAAGACGGUGUUUCCAUCGGAGAACUUACCGAUGUAUAUUGGCAGCGUAUUCAUCCUGAAGGUUUCCGAAAGAUAUUGAAUUACCUUAAAAAUAGAUACCGCAACAUACCAAUGUUCAUAACCGAAAACGGUUUUGGAGACCUCCAAAAACCGGAGACAACAGUGAAAGAACUUUUAAAUGAUACAAAAAGGAUACAAUACAUGAGUGGUUACUUGGAUGCUUUAGAGUCAGCAAUGAGGGAUGGAGCAAAUGUGAAGGGAUAUUUCGCAUGGUCGCUAUUAGAUAAUUUCGAGUGGUUAUACGGAUACAAGCUUCGAUUCGGACUAUUCCACGUGGAUUAUGCAACUCUGAAAAGGAUACCAAAGCAGUCAGCUUCAUGGUACAAGAAAUUUAUUGGAGAGCACAUUAAAAGAAGAUAUAAUUAG